AUGUUCAACAAGAAGCGAACUAAACGAGAUCGCAGCGAGGGAUGGACUGUGCGAAAGAAGUUCCGCAGCUGCUCGCUCCUGGCUCGUGCCUCUACGGUGAAGGGCCGGAAGAUCUUGAAGAAGCGGAUGUAUCGCGGCAAAAAAGUUCUCGCGCCUGGCGAUUACACCAACUACAAGAUGCAGCGGGUCAAGAACUUGCGCUGA